AUGUCGAACUUCGCCAGACAUCCCGAUCUUACGCUAAACGAGCGACUGGUUUGGCGGCCAGCGAAGGGCAAGGAGCAUGUCUACAACUACAUUGUGCAAAAGUCUCCGACGGCCAGGGCACGAUGUCGGAAGUGCUCGCAGCUGAUCCCGAAGGGGGAGAUGCGAGUUGGUGUGCCCAUUCGCCACAACGCAGGCGAUAAUGGGUGGAUCUCUGCGUGGCAGCACCUUGGGUGCACCCGAAUGGAGAAGAGUGAGUCAGAGGAGUACAAAAGCACGAUGUAUGGGUUUGCAGCAUUGAAGCCAGAGGAACAAGAGCAUGUGGUGAGCGAGAUCAAUUCUACGGAGAUGCCAGAGCAUCUCAAGCCGCUGGACCCGGAGGACUUGGUGCACCGAGGUAAGAUGGAGCAAAUGAAGCCACCGUCGACGCUACUGCGGCACCUGUUGCCUUAUCAGAAGGAGGGAAUGGGGUGGAUGGUGCGCCAGGAGGUCGAGUCUCCCGUCAAGGGCGGCAUUCUUGCAGACGAGAUGGGUAUGGGCAAAACUAUCCAGACCAUCGGAAUGAUGCUCGCGCACCGCAUCAGCGGUCCCACGCUCGUUGUCUGUCCGGUUAGCUCCAUGUUGCAGUGGGAGGCUGAAAUCAAGGAGCACGUGGUCCCUGGGUCGCUAUCGGUAGUCGUUGUGUACCGCACCACAAAGGUGACAAAGGAGGAGCUGGAGAACGCGGAUGUUGUUCUCACCACUUACCCCAUGCUCGAGCAGGCCUGGCGCGCUCUCAUCAACGAGAUCAAGGUACCGUGUCCCUACUGUGAGCUGCUCUUCAUUCCUCGUCAGUUGGUGGUGCAUAACAAGUACUUCUGUGGUCCGCGCGCCAAGAAGACACAGAAGCAGGCGAAGCGCGAAAAGCACACCGCGUCUGCGGCGGUGAGUAACUCAAGGGGCGUGCAGUCUGACGAAACCAUUCGAAAGGGGCUGCGAACGCUCCACGUAGACAUGGGUGACGAAGAGGGGGCCGAGAAGGGGGUCAAUGCGUCCAAUGCUACGACGGCACAGCCGCAGCGGAAGCGAGGUCGCAAGGGCGCGGCCAACGCCGAGGAUGACUCGACUGGGAAGGUCAACGGUUGUAGCACCCCGACAGCCAAGAAGGAGAAGCAAGAAGAGUCGGAGAGUAAGGUGGUCGGUGGUUGCCGAUCGUCACCCGAGAAGGCAAAUCGCAAGUGCCCCGUCAAGGCGGAAGAUCGCAAUAAUGAGGAGGCUGCGCUGACGCAAAAAAGCAAGGUGCCCCAGCCAGCUGCGGCUUCGCGGGGGGUUGUUGGACCGAUCGGCAUGUACCAGGAGCUUAUGCGGGAAGCCGGUCGAACCGUGCUCAGUCGCUGGGACGCGGCGAGGAAGGAUGACGAGAGCAGCAGCGAUGAGGAGGUCGAGGAUGAGUCCAGCGAGGAAAACGACAGCGACGCAUCGAAUUUGUCGUACUACUCUGUGGCUGCGGCUGCCGAGGAAGCGGCUGCGGCGGAGCAAGCUUCGAAAGCCCUGGAGGCGUUCCGCUGCUCCGCCUGCCACUUUCAGCUGCUGCGAUACCCUUUCUGCCCCAUGAAUGGCCAGCACCAUGUUGUCAGAGAGGAGCUUCGAGACAUGAUCGAAAAGGACACCGGCGGCGACGAUGUCGACCUCGAUGCUUCCAUCUUCCACUCCAUCAAGUGGGCGCGUGUUAUCCUGGACGAGGCGCACCGCAUCAAAGGUCGAACAACGAGCACGGCCCGCUCUGCCUUCGCCUUGGCGGCCGAGUACCGAUGGUGCCUCACCGGCACCCCACUACAGAAUCGUGUUGGUGACUUAUACAGUCUCCUGCGAUUUUUGCGCAUGCGGCCGUACGCACACUACUACUGUGAAACGGAGGGGUGCUCGUGCGCCUCGCUCUCGCACCCCUUCUCGUCCACCUCGCUUCAUCAGUGCGUCUUCUGCGGUCAUGGACCGCUGCAGCACCACUCCUAUUUCAACCGCUACAUUCUCAAUCCGAUCAACCGCUAUGGCUACAUCGGAGACGGGCGACGCGGUAUGAUGAUGCUGUCUAACGACGUAUUUUCCCGGGCAAUGCUGCGGCGCACCAAGGUCGAACGGGCCGCCGACCUGCAGCUGCCGUCGCUGACAAUAGAGGUGCACUGCAUCAAGCUCACGAAGGAGGAACGUAACUUUUACGAGUCCCUGUACAAGAAGAGCACGGCGGAGUUCGAUACGUUCGUGCACAAGGGCACGGUGCUGCACAACUACGCACACAUUUUCCAGCUGCUUAGUCGCCUGCGCCAGGCUCUCGACAACCCACUGCUUGUGAUGCAGGGUAUGGAUGUUGGCCCUGUGGUGAACGUCAAGGGUGUGUGCGGCAUCUGUGGCGACGGCAUCGAGGGCGAAAGUGCUCUGAAGGUGCACCCGUGCCGGCACCAGUUUCACCGACUUUGUCUCGGCCAAUUCCUGGAGAGUGCACCUGACAAGGAGCUCCACUGCCCCACCUGCUUUGUGCGGAUCAACGUGGAUCUGCGGCAGCUGCGACAGGAUGUGGAGGCUGACGAUGACGAGGGCGUCGGCAGCUUUGCGGCAGCGUUGCCUCCCGAGCUGGAAGAUGAGCUGAACUCUGAGACCAGCGAGGGCGACGAGCACGCGCAGGCGUCGCAGCACGUAGAGAAUAAGGGUAAGCGGCGCACAGCGCACGCCAAGCCGACCAAAAAGGAGCAGCGCGGCAUUUUCGCCAGGCUGGAUCCGCAGAAGCCGCUGCACGGCACGAAGCUCGACGCCAUCGCCAACUACAUAGAGAAGGUUCCGAAAGACGAAAAGGUGGUUGUCUUCUCGCAGUUUGGCGGCAUGCUGGACCUGACGCAGUACUGGCUGCAGCGCCGCUCUAUAAGAGCUGUAAAGCUCUGUGGGUCGCUGACGUUGACGCAGCGGCAGUCGGUGUUGCAGGCCUUCCUGCAUGAACAAAGCGUGCGCGUCAUCCUGAUCUCCCUGAAGGCAGGCGGAGAGGGUUUGAACCUGCAGGUGGCCAACCACGUGGUGCUGACCGAUCCGUGGUGGAACCCAGCGGUCGAGAUGCAGGCCGUGCAGCGAGCGCACCGAAUCGGGCAGACCCGCCCGGUCCACGCUGUCCGCUUUGUCACGGAGCACUCAGUGGAGGAGCGCAUGGUCGACCUGCAGGACAAGAAGAUGCUCGUUUUCGAGGGCACCAUUGACGGCAAGUUGCAGUCGCUCAACAAGCUCACCGAGGAGGAUCUGCAGUUCCUCUUUACAAGGUAG